CGCGGCCCCCCGCGCUGCCCCACGCCGCGCCGCGCCGGCGCCGGGCGGCAGGAUGGGCUGUAUCCAAAGCAUUACCUGCAAAGCGCGGAUCCGGCGCGAGAACAUCGUGGUGUACGAUGUGUGCGCCACCAUCGACCAGUGCCCCACGCGCAUCGAGGAGACCUCGCCCAUCGUCCUGCGCUACAAGACCCCCUACUUCAAAGCUUCGGCCCGCGUGGUCAUGCCCCCCAUCCCCCGCCACGAGACCUGGGUGGUGGGCUGGAUCCAGGCGUGCAACCAGAUGGAGUUCUUCAACACCUACGGCGACCUGGGCAUGUCAAGCUGGGAGCUACCUGACUUGAGGGAAGGGAGAGUAAAAGCCAUCAGUGACUCAGAUGGGGUGAGCUACCCUUGGUACGGGAACACCACAGAAACUGUGACCCUGGUUGGCCCCACCAACAAGAUCUCCAGGUUCUCCGUCAGCAUGAAUGACAAUUUCUACCCCAGUGUGACGUGGGCAGUGCCAGUGAGUGACAGCAAUGUGCCACUGCUCACGAGGAUCAAGAGGGACCAAAGUUUCACUACGUGGCUAGUGGCCAUGAACACCACCACAAAAGAGAAGAUCAUUCUGCAGACCAUCAAGUGGAGGAUGAGGGUGGACAUUGAGGUGGACCCUCUUCAGCUCUUGGGGCAAAGGGCCCGGCUGGUGGGCAGGACUCAGCAGGAGCAGCCCCGGAUCCUGAGCCGGAUGGAACCCAUCCCCCCCAACGCACUAGUGAAACCCAAUGCCAACGAUGCCCAGGUCCUCAUGUGGAGGCCCAAGCGGGGGCCGCCUCUGGUUGUGAUCCCUCCUAAGUAGAAGCAGACUGGCCUGACUGUGUGUAGAGCACACACCAUUGAGACACGCAGUGAGGUUGCCAGAGGUGGCAGGAGCCAAACUGAGUUUCUGAGCCAAAGCAGACCUCGUGGUUUGCCAGCCUUUGCAGCCACUUGUGAAGAGUAGAGCUGCUCCUUGGGUGGUAGAACCAUAAUCUUUAGGAAAAAUCCCUUCCCUUUAGGAAUAAAGAAAUCACUGAUUUGA